AUGAACAACCGCAAGAAUAAGCGCAGCGGCGCAAACCAUCACAACGACAAUGGAUCCUCUUCUGCGCACCAGCACAACACGCACUCCAAUGGAGCUGCAUCGUCGUCAACGUCGAACAGCAACGAUGGAACAAGCACGCCACCCCAGCAGAUCAUCCUCAACAAGAGCAGGCGUCCUUCCAUGAAAGGCAGGGCCAGCUACAGCGUCACAGCACCCGGAACUCCAUGGCACGAGCUCGAUCUGUCCGAGAUCCCCUUUCUACGCCACGACAUCGCCGAGGUCCCCAUCCAAAAGGGUCUCAUGCGCUAUCGACGUCUCUUCUUCAUCUUUGGCGCCGCUCUUGGUGCCGUCAUCGCGUUCCUCGCAUCUAGAAACGUCCAAAUGGCUCAGCACGUCGCGUCACUACGCUCGCUGGUGGACGACUCCUUGGACGGCUUCAGCAUCGACUUUCCUUCCAUCGACAUCGGCAUGCCCAAGGAGUUCGCAGACAUGGGUGACAACCUCUUCAGUCGAUCUCGAGACUGGUUCAAGAACAAAGACUUUGGAAUCGGUCGCGAUCUCAGCCGCAAAGGCUACACCGCCGACCACCCUGUGAUCCUCAUCCCCGGUGUCGUGUCUACCGGUCUCGAGAGUUGGACAACCGACGAAAGCUCAGCGAGCUACUUCCGGAAACGUCUCUGGGGCACCACCACAAUGAUGCGCACCAUCGUCUUCGAAAAGGAAAUGUGGGUCCGCCAUCUUUCACUCGAUCCAGAGACCGGUCUCGACCCACCAGGCAUUCGUGUACGAGCUGCAGAAGGUCUGGAUGCCGCCAGUUUCUUUGCGGCUGGCUACUGGAUUUGGAGCAAGGUCAUCGAGAACCUCGCCGUGCUCGGCUACGACACCAACAAUCUUUUUCUCGCCAGCUACGAUUGGAGAUUGAGCUAUUACAACCUCGAAGUUCGCGACAGGUACUUUACGCGCUUGAAGCUCAAGAUCGAACAGAACAAGGCACUCUUCGGCAAGAAGACCGUCAUCGUAGCGCAUUCCAUGGGCAGCUCCGUGUUCUACUACUUUAUGAAGUGGGUGGAAGCCGAAGGCGAAUUCUACGGCAACGGUGGGCCAACCUGGGUCGAGGAUCACAUCGAAGCCUUCACCUCGAUCGCAGGCACCUUCCUCGGCGUACCCAAGGCCAUGGCCGUCAUGCUCUCUGGCGAGAUGCGAGAUACCGUCGAAGUCCCACCGGCAGCCGCCUACCUUCUCGAGAAGUUCUUCAGCCGACGUGAGCGAGCCAAGCUCUUCCGCACGUGGGCCGGUGGCGCAAGCAUGCUCAUCAAGGGAGGCGAAGAUAUCUGGGGGAACUCCACCUGGGCUCCCGACGACGAGGAUGGAGCCGAGGACACCCACGGUCACAUCUACAGCUUCCGCAAACCCGGCACAGACCAACACGACCUCAACGAGCAGACGGUGCGAACCAAUCUCACGGCCACAGCAGCGCACAACUUUAUGCUUCAACAUGCUCCCAGUUCCUUCCAAAAGAUGCUUGCCACCAACUAUUCGCACGGCAUCGAACGCGAUGCUGACAAGCUUCAGGCCAACAACGCGGACCACACAAAGUGGUCGAACCCGCUCGAAGCGCCACUGCCCAAUGCACCUAGCAUGAAGAUGUACUGCAUCUACGGAGUGGGCAAACCCACCGAACGCUCGUACUGGUAUCAGCAAGGUGAAUACGUCACUGAAUCCUCGAUCGGUGAACAACUCGAUGAACCAGGAUGCUUCGGUCAAGAAUGUCCCGAUGUCUCGCGUACCCCUGCGCUCGACUUCCCCACCGCACGUCUCAGUUGGAUCGACCACGUGGUUCAGAAGGAAGGUGCUCUACCCAAAGUCAGAGCUGGUUGCAAGAUGGGCGAAGGCGAUGGUACGGUAUCCCUGUUGAGUUUGGGAGCGAUGUGUGCUCAGGGUUGGAAGCACAGCAUUUGGAAUCCGGCCAACAUCAGUGUCGUGACUCACGAGUUGAAGCACGAACCGGAAGCCAUGGAUUUGAGAGGUGGUCAGUCCACCGGUGACCAUGUGGACAUUUUGGGGGCGAGGGGGGUCAACGAGGCGAUAUUGAAGAUCGCAAGUGGUAGGGGAGACGAGGUCGGCGAUCAGUAUUUCUCGGAUAUCAGAAAGUAUGCCGAGGCGGUCAAGUGGAUGGGCGAUGAGCCGGGACCGUGA